AUGACUCAUAGAAGUAAGGUGGAUAUAGAUAUUCAUAGAGGCUAUAAUAGAGAUGACAAUGUUACAUCUCAAGGCUUUACAAAAUAUUAUAUCAGCAAAGGUGUAAAUGUCUUUAUUACUAUAGAGAAUAGAGCAGAUCUUAAUAAUUAUAGAUUGAUAAAGCACUCUCUGGAACGUGGAUACUCCAUUGAUACCAUAAAAAAUGGUGAAUAUCUUGCACUAUUCAAACCUCCACCAUCCAAAAAAACUACUGUAACAGUAUUCUACUCUAUAUCUGAUAUAACUCAUGAAAAUCCACUCCUUGUUCAGUUUGGAGAGGGAUACAAUGGUUACUAUACCACCACUGAUAGCACGAAUUGGAGCAAACAGAACGGUAUAAAUGAGAGUAAUAUCAAGAAGACCCUCGAAAAACUUAACUGCCAAAAGAACCAGUAUCAUGUUAUAAAGAUUUCGGAAGGGAUAGGAUACAGUUGUCCAAGCUGUAGUACCCAGCCAGUACUGGUAUCUCCAGGUUCUUCAUAUUAUACACACACCGUUUAUGGCUACAUUGGAGAGUUAAGAGAUGGCGACAUAGAACAAAGGGGAGUUACACUAACCGGAAGAAUAUCUAGUGUAUAUGUGUAUUGGUCUAAAUGGGAAACUCCUAAACCUCUUUUAAUUAAUAUACAAGGAUCCACUUGGUACCAAAGAACAGAUCUUGUAUCUAGUAAAUGGACACCGGUAUCUCAGCACAUACCCAGGAAUUUUUCCGACAAAACAAACAUUUUGAGGAUUCUCAUUGGGUAUUAUUCUCCCACAGUUACCAUAGACAUUGGAGACGGGAAGGGUCUUUCUGAGAGUGGAAGUGGUACUACAUAUAAAGAUCCUGGUUCUCAGGAUAACCAAGAAACAAUCAGUCUUAGAAGAGAUGAUGUAAAAGUGGAUAAAAAAGGUACAGAAUAUAUUGGAUUUACUCAUUUUGUUAGUAGCAAACCUGCUUUUAUAGCUAGGGAGAUUAAACAUAAUAGCAACACCCUAGAGGAUGUAAAACCAAAUUAUCCUCUUGACAGUGUAACAGCCUUCUAUUUUGGAGAUGAACCUUCAGAAGAGAAGAAACUUUUAUUAGUAGAGUUGAAAAAGUUUGACAAAACUUACAAGUACUAUGAAAGGGCUAAAAAGGAUGCACCUAUAUGGACAGAACUUAUAAGAGGUGGAGAGGAAAAUCGACAGCUUUAUGGACCCUCUCUAAAGGAAGAACUCGAGAAACUAAAGAAGAUAGCAGGUUAUAGUACUGCAGGGGGCCUUGCUACUGCGGAAACCGUAAACUUUGCACUUGAUACUGGAUGGAGUAUAUUCAGAAGGGUAACCGCCAUCUUCACUGCUGCCAUAUAG